CCUCAUCACAGCCUCAGUGCACCACCUCUCCUCUCUCCUCUUGUGCUCUCUGCUCCUGAUCUCCAUGUCCCUCAUCACCGAUGAUCCCGACGAUUCGCCCAGGCACUGCGCCACCAAGCGCCACCACCACCACGGCGCCGGAUGCGGCCGGUUCAGCGGCACCGGGCGCCGGCGGCUCCUGAUCGCGGCGUCGUCGGCGGCGACGUCCAUCAUAGCCUUGGCCAUCAUAUUAUGGCUCACCCUCCGCCCUUCCGCCCCGCGCUUCUCUCUUCUGGCCGCUACCGCCGCAGUCGCCGGUCCCAACGCCACCGGCAUCGCGCGGCUCGACGCCGCCUUCGUGGCGCACAACCCCAACGCCCGCGCCACCGCGCUCUACGACCGCCUCCAGCUCCGAGCCGCCUACGCCGGCGGCCAGCUCGCUGCAUCCGCGGAGCCGUUCGAGCAGACGCAGGGAGACGUCGUGCUCACCGCCUUGAUGUCGUCCUCGUCGUCUGUGGCUCCUGCGGCGGCGGUGGACGUGGGAGAGACGGCCGCGGGCGGGCGGCCCACGUUGCUGCUGAGGCUGCGCGUGGAGGGGCACCUCCGGUGGAAGGUGGCCUCCUGGGUGUCCGGCAGGCGCGCCCUGGCCGCCGAGUGCGUCGCCGUCGUGGUGCUCGAGCAGUCGCAGUCGAGGGCUGUCGUCGUGCAAGGAUCCCAGUGCGCCACCACCCUCCAAUGAAUAUUUCUACGUACAAAUAUAUGUGCACCAGUUUAUUACUUAGUUAAUUAGCGUCUGCUUAAUUAUAGUGCAGUAUUUUGUUAUUGUACUUGUAGCGAAAUCUCUACCUACUUAAUUAGGAGAAGAUCGAGCAAGAGCAUAUACGUGCAAUGGUUCGACUUCUCUCGUUUACUACUAAUAAUCUAAGAGUGUCAUCAAGAGGUAGCAUUAUAUACUAUGAUCCAAAAAUAGAGAGAUAUAGCACUAUGA